AUGGGGAUGGAGAUGAAGCAUUUCAAGAUCCCCCGCCGCGUCACCGCCAUCGACCUCGCGGGGCAAGGCCUGGCGGGGACCCUGCCGUCCUCCCCAGGCCUCACCGCGCUGGAGUCGCUCGAGCUCCAGGGCAACGCCCUCUCCGGCGCGGUCCCGCCGCUCCGAGCCCCGUCCCUGACCCGCCUCUCCCUCGAGGGCAACGCCUUCACGUCCCUCCCGGGGGACUUCCUCCGCGCGGCGCCCGCGCUGCGGAGCCUCAGCAUGGACGGCCUGCCCCUCCCGCCGUGGCCGUUCCCCGACGCCAUCUUCAGCUGCCCUUCCCUCCGCGCCUUCUCGGCCUCCAACGCCAGCAUCACCGGCCGCUUCCCGGCGGCGGCCGUGGUCGCCAGCCUCACGUCGAUCAGGACGCUGCGCCUGUCCCACAACAACCUCACCGGCGUGAUACCGGCGUCCCUGGGCAGGAUGGCGAGCCUGGCAGACAUCUCCCUGUCCUACAACCACCUCCAGGGCCCGGUGCCGGCGUUCGGCCCCGCCGUGGCCGCCGACGUGGUCGCCGGGAACGGCUUCUGCUUGGACGAGCCCGGGCCAUGCAACGCGCAGGUGAGCGCUCUGCUGCGGGUGGCGGAGGGCUUCGGCUACCCGCUCAAUCUUUCGAGGUCGUGGACGGGGAACGACGCCUGCAAUGGCUGGCUGGGCGUGGUAUGCGACGCGUCAGUGGUGACCGCCCUCGGCCUGACGAACUACAACUUGUCAGGGACGAUAUCGCCGGCCAUCGCCAACUUGACAGGGCUGAGGAAGCUUGACCUGGCCGGCAACCGUCUCACCGGGGAGAUCCCGGAUGCCCUCGCGGCGUUGCCGAAUCUUGUCCUCGUUGAUGUCAGAAACAACAGGCUCACCGGCAAGCUGCCCAAGUUUAGGGCAUCGGUUGAUGUGUCAGCAGAAGGGAACAGCCCAAGUUUGAGGAGCCAUCAUGGUUCAGGGCAAGGUAGUCUCGAUGAUGGCUCUUCACCAUCUUCAGACUCCGCUGCAGAUGCCUCAUCAAAGUUGAGUGCAGGAACUACUGUUGGCAUUGUCGUAGUUGUGCUUGUUUCCUGGAUGGGCAAUUAG